AUGGAGCAUCCUGAAGACGAGUCUUACAAAAAGACUCAAAUUUGUACUCAUCAAUCACAAGACUUAAGGAGGGGCAUUUUUGUAUUUUGGAGGGGGGCUAGUGUUGCCCAAGGUGACUAUUCACGUAGUCAGAAUCAGCAGCCACCAUCUGGA